CUAGCUUGUUACAGCGGUUCGCGGCACGGGGGAGUUGGCCAGACCAAAAAUAACACAAUCACUGAACAGUGGUAUUUAACCAUUCUACGUCUAAAGUAUCGGAAGAGAUCACGAGAAGCAUUCGAACAACAAUCAGCCGUCGACUUCACUACCUUCUAGAAAAAUGUGGAUAUCUUAUAUCGUUAGCACGGUUCUUGUAAUAAGCCAUGUAACUUGUCACCAAUUCUUGUGUCCAAUAAUAGAUGGGCUGUACCCCCACCCCACUGACUGUGAUAAAUAUUACCAAUGUUCAAAUAGAAUCGGCACCCAGCUCAAUUGUGUCCCGGGUACCUAUUGGUCUGAAAGUAAUUCAGUGUGUUCGUGGCCCGAUGACGUACCAGAAUGUGACAAGCGUGGUAGGAGAGGCCUACCAUCGUCCUCUAAAAACAGCAAAGUGGACAUCACAGAUGAGAAGGGCGAUCCAACUGAAUUACGAGAAGAAACCCGAUUGACGACAGUAUUAGAUAAUCAGGGCAUCAACGAAAGUGUUCCAUUUCACGCCAUGGACUUCAAGCCAUCAGUAGUUCCCAGAACAUCCGCAGUUGAAACUAGUUCUGGUACACUUGAUACCGAAGAUGUGCCCGCUAGUACAACAAUAACAUAUGCUGCUGAGAGUUUUUUCUCUGAUUUCCGAUGUCCUAAUAUUGAGGGAUUUUAUCGAGAUCCCUUCAACUGUCGGAACUACUACUACUGUAUUAACUGGGCACCUUAUAAAAGGAUAUGUCCACCACAAGAGUUCUUUGAUAAUGAUAUCUUGGGCUGUGCACCUAAAUCAGAAGUUGAAGGCUGUCUGUAUUAUGGUGAACCGGAGAAUAUGGAAUUCCUUACCCCGACUACUCCUGGGAAAGUUCAAUUCAACUGCCCCAAAGAUCAUGGUUAUUAUCCCGAUUUAGACGAUUGUUCCUUUUACUUUGAAUGUAUCCUUGGAAAUGCUUUUAGAAGACAAUGUAUGCAUGGCACCCUAUUCGACAGAGUACGCAAUAAGUGUACAUGGGAAAAUCUUGUUAGAGACUGUAAAUCAUUGACACGGGGUGAUAAAGAUAUAAUAACAAAAGGUUCAGUUGUUGUUGAAUUUGAUUGUCCUGAACCAGAUGGUUAUUAUAGAAAACCCGAUAACUGUCGCGCCUAUUAUCAUUGUAUUGAUAAUAAUGCUGCAUUACUUGAAUGUGAAAGUGGUUCUCUGUUUGACGUAUAUUUAGGUAAAUGUACCUGGUCUAAGAUGGUGUCAGAUUGUGAUGAAAAUGAUAAACCUAUAGAUACAAUCAAAGUACAACAAACAGUAGAUAUACAACAAAACCAAUCCAAUGACCAAGUUUUAGUUAAACGUCCAGGAUCCAUUUUUGACUUUGCUUGUCCGUUACCUAACGGUCACUUCCGAGACGAGGAAAAUUGCGCCAUAUUCUACCAUUGUUUGUCCGAUGUACCAUAUAAAGGAUAUUGUCGCAGUGGCCACGGCUUUGAUACCGACAUGCUGAUGUGCAUUUCUGCUGAUAAAAUCCCCGGAUGUGAAAGUCAGCAAGUCGAAGAACCGAUAAAAUCCCUGGAGUCUGCGGAAGUGACUAUUCUUGAAGCAGUGACACCAGAGGAUAAGCCAGGGAUGUCUAUUCUUGAAGCAGUGGAACCAAAGGAUAAGCCAGCGGUGUCUAUUCUUGAAGCAAUGACACCACCGGAUAAGGUUCUUAAUGUGGGCGUCAUCGACUAUAGAAGUUUCAAAUGCCCAGAAGAAGAAGGUUAUUUCAGAGAUAUAGAAGAUUGUGCUGUGUAUUAUUUCUGUACUAAAUGGAAGGUAUACCAACAUCAGUGUAAACCAGGCACCGUCUUUGAUAUGGUCAAACACAUUUGUACCUGGCCUCACCUUGUGGAUGGAUGUGACGAAACUAAAGAAAGUAUAAACCAGGACAGUACCGCAGCAAGCACAGGACUAAAUUCUGAAAAUACAGAAAUCAGAUUUAAAGAGCCUAUAUCUCCAACUCUUCCAACAGAAACGAUUGAACAACAUGGCGAAAAUUUACCUGAUAUAAAUGCCAUCACAGAAGCUUCUUCGAUUACUUUUGUGUGUCCACCAAUAUACGAUGGUUACUAUGGAGACCCGAUUUCAUGUUCCCGAUUCUAUAGAUGUAUAGGUGGUGAAAUGUAUACAUUUAGUUGUCCACGUGGUACAUAUUUUGAUAAUUUACGAUUUUUGUGUAACUUUGAAAGUGAAGUUACAGAUUGUACAACAGGAGGUAUACGUAAUACUAUGAUAAGUCAGAAUGAUGAAGGUGAAUCGUCAUUUGAUCAUCCACCCCCUGAUUUUAACGCAGUCAAUUUGCAAUGUCCAGAACGAGAUGGUGUCUUCGCUCAUCCAAGAUCUUGUUCCAAGUUUAUAUACUGUACAAAAUAUAUUCCCAAAAUAUAUGAAUGUCCUCGAGAUCUAGUCUACAAUAUCCACAUACAUACUUGCGAUUAUCCAGAUGACGUCGUAUGUAAGCUGUACGAUUAACAAAAUCUAUAAUAUUAUCACUUUCAACCCAUAAAAAAAUCUUAAUUGUCCACUACAUAAAGUAGUAUUUGUUUAACUAUUUUUAUCUAAGUUUUACGUGGAAGUUUUUAUGUGCCCGUUUUUCAUGGGUACAGAUGAUGUCACAAUAUAAUUAUCACUCAUAUUUUUAUAACACGUCAAAUUAAAUUUUGUCUCUCGAUAUGUUGAUAAUUACAUAUUUCGUCUAGUAAUAUUAAUAUAUUACUUUAACAGAAGUAUACAUAUUUUUUUGUACAUUGUUUUAACAUUUUUGUUCAUAAUAGUUCUUCAUUUAUAUGCAAUUGUCUCAAUUUAUGCUAAAAUCGAAACCAAGCGGGCGCUCGAGUCUAGUGUUCUACGCAAAUCGGGUGCUAAAAAUUAUAUAUUCUUCUGUUUCGUCCCACCCAAAAAAAUCAAUUCUUAUUUGCAUCAACUGUCUCUUGAUAAUUAACAGAUAAUUGAUAAUCAAAUCUUUGUAUUGUUCAAUGUCUAUUUUUUUUUCGAACUAACCUAUUCUUUUAAAUACUUGUAAUCUAUUUCAAAUGCUGGUAAUCUAUUUCAAAUACUAGUAAUCUAUUUCAAAUACUAGUAAUCUAUUUCACAUACUAGUAAUUUAUUUGAAUACUAGUAAUCUAUAACCAUACAUGCUGUAUAUAUACUGCUGUUUUUGUAUAAUUGUAUAUUGAUAAUGUAUAGUUGUAAAUAUUCCUUUUAUAUUAAAUUUACAUUAAGGCUUUUUUAUUAUA